AUGAACCCUAACUACGUCGGAGACGGCGAACAUAACAACGAACAGAUGCAGAGUCAGAAACGACAGAGGACAGUAGGACUAACCAUACGGCGGCGCUGGAUCGCCUCGCACCCGACGACGCGGGUCAUCCAUGUCCUACGACGACAGCCGCCGUGCCGCCACCGUGUUGGAAAAAUCGACGGAGACAGAGGAGCGACACAGAGGAGGGAGACGAAGCGAAUGCAGCACAAGGGUUUCUAUUCUAUGUUUAAAGGGUCCAUCUCCAUCAUCUGUUUAGAUUUCGAGACACCCUUAAACGCUCAACCCAUAAACCAGGGAGUGUAUGGUUCUACUGCUUUAAAACAUGUACUUCCCGCACUGAGCAUUAACACAGUUACUAUGUCACUUGGAGAAGCACACUCAGAGCCACCAAGUCUUGUCAUCUCCACCGUCCUAUCGCUCAUGGCAUACAAUUACCCAGCCGAAAAAAUUAGUGUGUACCUUUCGGACGACGGAGGUUCGAUUCUCACUUUCUAUGCUCUGUGGGAGGCCUCCUUAUUUGCAAAGCACUGGAUACCAUUCUGCAAGAGAUAUAACAUUGAGCCAAGGUCACCAGCCGCUUACUUCUCAGAGUCAGAUGGGCAUCAAGAUUUGUGCAGCCCAGAGGAAUGGUCACUUAUCAGGGAGAUGUAUGAAGCUAUGACUGAGCGAAUUGAUACAGCUGUUUUGUCAGGUAAAAUUUCGGAGGAAGUCAAAGCAAAUGAUAAAGGAUUUCAUGAAUGGGAUCAAGAAAAUACCUCAAAAAAUCACCAAGCAACUGUUCAGAUUCUGAUAGAGGGCAAAGACAAAAAUGCAAAUGAUGACGAAGGAAAUGUGCUACCAACACUUGUAUACAUGGCACGGGAGAAGCGGCCUCAGCACCACCAUAAUUUCAAAGCUGGGGCAAUGAAUGCUCUGAUAAGAGUGUCAUCAGUGAUAAGCAACAGCCCUAUCAUCAUGAAUGUGGACUGUGAUAUGUAUUCCAACAAUUGCGAUACAAUCAGAGAUGCACUGUGCUUCUUCCUUGAUGAAGAAAUGGGUCACAAGAUUGGAUUUGUGCAAUUCCCCCAGAACUAUAACAAUUUAACCAAGAAUAAUAUAUAUGGGAACUCCCACCAAGUAACCAAUCAGCUACUCAAUCUAAAGGUGUUGAUGGGUGGUAUGGAUAGUGUGGGUGGCCCUAUGUAUGUUGGCACUGGAUGUUUCCACAGAAGGGAGAUCCUUUGCGGAAGGAGGUUCACCGAAGACUACAAGGAGGACUGGGACGGAGGAAUCAAAGACAAAACACAAGAGAACAUAGAUGAGAUUGAAGAGAAAGCGAAGUCUUUAGCAGCCUCCACGUAUGAACAUGACACACAGUGGGGAGAUGAGAUUGGGAUCAAAUAUGGUUACCCAGCAGAGGAUAUAAUCACCGGACUGGAAAUACAUUGCAGAGGAUGGAAGUCAGUCCACAGCAAUCCUCCAAGACCAGCAUUUCUGGGUGUAGCUCCAACAACACUUGCUCAGACACUACUGCAACACAAGAGAUGGAGCGAAGGUAGCUUCUCAAUUUUUCUUUCAAAAUACUGCCCCUUCAUGUUUGGGCAUGGAAAAAUCAAGUUACGGCAUCAAAUGGGCUACUCAAUCUAUGGAUUAUGGGCACCCAAUUCAAUCCCAACACUAUAUUAUGUCAUCAUUCCUUCACUAGCUCUCCUCAAAGGCAUCUCCUUGUUCCCAGAGAUUACGAGUCCAUGGAUCACACCCUUCAUAUAUGUCUUAUGUGUGAAGAAUAUGUAUAGCCUGUAUGAGGCAUUAUCAUGUGGAGACACAUUGAAAGGAUGGUGGAACGAACAAAGGAUGUGGAUGGUAAGAAGAAUAACCUCAUAUCUCUAUGGCUUGACUGACACUGUCCGGAAGUUACUAGGACUGUCGAAGAUGACAUUUGCAGUUACAUCAAAGGUAAGUGAACAAAACGAAUCCAAGAGAUACGAGCAAGAAAUCAUGGAAUUCGGGUCAUCAGCUCCAGAAUAUGUGAUCAUUGCAACUGUCGCAUUACUCAACCUUAUUUGUCUGGUCGGAGGGCUUAGUCAAAUUCUGACAGGUGGCCGGAAUAUACUCUUGAAUGUAUUUUCCCCCCAGCUCAUUCUGUGUGGAAUGCUAGUGAUCACCAAUAUCCCAUUCUAUGAAGCAAUGUUCGUGAGGAAGGACAAAGGCAGAAUACCGUUCUCAGUUACAUUAGCUUCUAUUGGCUUUGGGAUGUUGGCUCUGCUCGUACCAAUAGUGUAA